GCUACACUUCAAUCAUCAGUUGUGAUUUUGAAAACGUUUAGUCUUCAAGAUGUUUCAAUUUGUAGUCUUUGGUCUUUUGUUUUCGGCUGUAGCCAUCAAUGCGAGUCCUGCUGGAGCAAAGCGUCCCGGCGCCAAUGAUGUGAAUGUUGCAUCAGAGGCUCGUCGACUUGUACAUCAAGCUAAUUGGGCUUCAGUGGCAACCAUUUCCUCGGAUCCUGCUAAUCCAGGAUAUCCAAAUGUGAAUCUUUUGUCGACAGCCGAUAGCAAGGUUGGUGCUGAUUCGACUGGGGAGAUAUUUUUCUAUAUGAUGGGUGUGGACAAGGUUGCCAGGGAUGUUAGGAAGGACAAUAAGAUCUCGUUCAUGUUCACCGAUGCUCAGGAGGGUGAAUGCAACAAGCGCAACGAUGACCCAUGGUCACACAAAUGUGCCAGGACAUUGAUUUCAGGACAAGUUAAACGUUUGGAAGAAGGAACAGAUGAACACAAACGAGGUUUGGAAGCAUUCUUAAGUCGUCACCCAACUGCAGCACAUUGGCCUCACAUUCCAGUUCCUGAUCAUGACUUCUACCUUUGCAAGUUGGAUGUUACAGACGUCUUGGUCUUCACUCAAUUCGGCUACAAGCACACAACUACUCAGGAAUACUUUGCCGGUACUGAUGCUGUAAAUUCAGUACAUGCUUAAAUUUUUUUGUUGGCUUGAUUGCUACAAAAUAUAUGAUUUUAAAAUGCUUA